AGGCUUUAGGCUUUAUUCCCACGGAAAUGUGUUACGAAGUUCCGUGCAAAGGGUGCGGUAAUGCGACUUACUCCGGAUGUGGCCGUCACGUCGAUGCGGUGAAAGCCCGAGUUUUACAAGCUGGACGACACUGGUGUACAUGUGAGGCCAAGAAUAACAUGAAGGGGUCCACUUCUUCCUCCUUGUCCGCCAAUACCUCAUCAGUAAAUUCUUCAAGCAAUGGAAGUACGAGCACGAGCAACAGCUCGGACCCAUCCACAAAUAAGUGCGUGAUUCACUGAGAUCGCAAAGCUUAAUGUAAAUAGGCUUAUAGGAUUACAAAUGUGAGAGGCUAAAAGAAAAACGAUGGUGUCUAGUCCAUAGGUGAAAAUGGAAACACAUUUUCCUUAAAUAAAGCGAUUUGGGUACACUUAAGUAGAAUGAGAAGCGUUAUAUCAGUCGGGUUGGAGUGGCAAGAGAAGGCAAAGAAUCAAAGUGUGUCUCGAACAUGUAAACUUCAAUAUAAGCGCUUGCCAUGGACAGGCUAAAAUUAGCCUAUUGUUGACAAUAUAGAUUUGCAGAAGUGCACCUGUUUUUGACACCUUCCUCUUGA